AACACGUACCACUUCAUAACUGGAUUAACUUUGAACGUGAAAGUCUUAUUUAUACGCGUUUAUUGACAAGUAACUAACUCCAACGGUUAAUUCAUGUACUUUCUCCGAUACACUUUAGUUUGUCGUGAUCUAGUCAGGACUUGCAAUGAAUUUUAACGCGCGCGGAUCGCGACUGAUGUGUACAAUCAACAGAGGAUAAACGACGGAUCAACGACAUUGUUAUGAGGGACAGACUGGCUGAUUUAAAUGCGGGCAGGCAAAGUGCCAGCGAAGAUGUGGGUGUCAUUGUGUCCAUGGAGAGAGAUGACUUCAUGCAGAACUUUUUCAGAAAGGUGGAGGAGGUCAGAGGUGUCAUCGAUAAGAUCUCCUCCCUAGUGAAUGAGGUGAAGAAGAAACAUAGUGUGAUCCUUUCAGCCCCCAACCCUGAUGAAAAAAUAAAAGAAGAGCUUGAACAACUCACAGUGGAAAUCAAGAAACAUGCCAACUUUGUCCGGACCAGCCUCAAAUCAAUGCAAAAGAAUCUACCUCCAGAUGGGCAGGAAAAUGCAGUGGAUGCACGCAUUCAGAAAACACAAUACACUAACUUGUCACAUAAGUUUGUGGAGGCAAUGACACAAUAUAAUGAAACCCAAGUGUCCUUCAGAGAGAAGAGCAAAAGCAGGAUUCAGAGACAGCUGGAGAUCACUGGAAGAAUUACAACUAAUGAGGAAUUGGAAGAGAUGCUGGAGACUGGAAACCCUUCCAUUUUCACCUCUGAUAUCAUCUCCGACUCCAAGAUAACUCGACAGGCCCUCAACGAGAUCGAGUCUAGACAUAAAGACAUCUUGCGGCUGGAGUCCAGCAUUAAAGAGCUACAUGACAUGUUUGUAGACAUGGCCAUGCUGGUUGAGACCCAGGGUGAGAUGAUUGACAACAUUGAAAAGAAUGUAAACAAUGCAGUAGAAUACGUCGACCAUGCUAAAGUGGAGACCAAGAAAGCUGUCAGGUACCAGACACAGGCCCGCAGGAAAUACAUCAUUCUUGCUCUUAUUGUUUUGUCCGUGCUUGGUGUGGUCGUACUUAUUGUUGGCUUGUCUGUGGGCCUGUCUGCUAAAACCACUACUAACUCCGCCUCCUCCAGCUCAAAUGCAGCCAAUCCUGUCUAAGCAUGGUUCCCAAGAAACUGGUCUAUGUUGGCAUUUGUGGAGCCGUGUGCAUCAUCAUUCUUCUCGUCGUCAUUGUCUUUGCAGUUUACAGCGAAAACAAAUAGUUUUUU